AAAGUACAGGCUCUGAUACCUCUCAACAGCCUGGUUGAUCCUGCGAGUAGCUGCGAUCGAUCGACAGAGUAGGAGUGGAAACGUAAUGGCGGCUUCUACGACCACCCUGCGGCAGCUGGCCGCCCGCGGCGGUAGCAACAGCGGUAUCGCCGCCUGCUCGCUGUGCCUUGCUUCCUCCUCGAGAGCAUCUGCGCCUGCUUCCUCCCCCUCAUCGCCGUUACUUGCCUCGUCUCCGUCUUCUCUUUUCUCUGGACGGCGCACACCAUUCUCGACAUCCUCUAUCGCGCAUGCCAAGCCGCGAAGGGCACGGCAAUCCGAUGACCCUCUCGCGCUCAAGAACAUGGGCAAAUUCCAAUUCGAUGAUGUCCCUGUGCUCGGACAUGAAGCCCUUAAAUACAACAGGGAGAUGCUCAAGUAUGCGCGGGUGGGGGAGUGGGAGGUACCAAAGCUGAAGGAGUUCACAAAGCCGUACACUCCGCCAAGCGAGUCUUCCAUCCUGCGCUUUCGCUUCCAGCACUAUCAAGGCGAGCCGCAUCCUGUCGCGCGCAAGGUCGUUCUCGACGUCUCCAUUCCGUCCCUGUUCGCAUCAGGUGCCUUGCAGAGCAAGCAGGCGCGCCGCAAGUUCUUGCUCCUCGCCGGCGAACGGUGGGACCCGACGAAGGAUGUGCGCGUUGUUCAGCUCGGGGACAAGAGCAUCGGCGAAGAACAGCAGCGGCGGGCAGCAGAUGGGCGACAGCACGAGAAGUACCCCUUGGCGGACGAGGAGGAGGUUCUAGAGAGGGGACAGGGCUCACUCAAAAUCAGCUGCGAGACAUUCCCGAACGAGCGGCAGAACAUGAAGUGGUGCAGUGAUGUGCUUGACAAAAUGAUUUUUCACGCCAACCGCGAGCCAUUCUUCGCGAACGUACCGCUCUAUUCGCGCUCCGAAGAGAUGCGAGAGCACAAACGCAAGGGUUUUGCGCGGCGCCGUGCGGCCAGCAUCCGCGAUUUCCCGCAAGAAUGGCUGAACACAAGUCCUCCUGCUUCCUCGGAAGGGUGAUGCUCAACCGUAGAUGCCGUAUGCACUGGUGCCGCAUUGCACCGGCUCCCGCAUGUCAUGUAUGCAAAAUGCAGCGUUUCGUGUCCUUGCGACAGUACCGGUCAUGAACAACCAUUCCCUUUUUG